AUGUCACAAGCUAACUUAAAGUAUUUUGAAAUGCUACCAAGAAAACUCAAGAAUUUUUUUGCUAAGUAUCCUCCCCACAUUAAAUAUGCAAAUGAAGCUGUCUCAACGCAUGCCGUUAAUGCUAACCCAUUCAUCGCCAAUAAGCAUCCAGUGACCAACACAUAUCACAAUCCAUUGUAUUCACGAAGAAGAAUGAGCGAUAUCUACAAGCUAGCAUAUCGUUACGGUAUUCAGGAUCUUCUACCACCAAUCCAAAAUAAAGCAUUCUUCGAAGAGAAAUACAACAGCAAGAAGUUUAUGAAGGGUGUCUUACAACCUAAAGGGCACAAACAUGAAUUGAAUCAAGCUGACAGAGCAAAGAAAAUGGCAAAAGCUAUAACUGAAGCGGAUAAUACUAUAAUAAAUGUUAAAGGUCAGAAAACAGUUAGAAGAUUAGCUAAGAAGAAGAUAGAAAACAUAAGAAAUUGGUUUUAA